AUGCAAGGUGCUGGUCGUGGUAGUGGUGGUGGUAGUGCUGGUGGUUGUGGUGCUGGUAGUGGUGGUGGUGGUCGUAUUGAUGGUGGUGGUGGAAGUAGUGGUGGUUGUGGUGCUGGUGGUGUUGGUUGUGGUGGUGGUGGUAAUGUUGGUUGUGAUGAUAGUGGUGAUGGUGUUGGUGGUAGUGGUGGCGGUAAUGUUGGUUGUGAUGAUAGUGGUGGUGGUGUUGGUGGUGGUAGUGGUGGUGGUGACAGUGGUGGUUGUGGUGCUGGUGGUGGUUGUGCUGGUAGUGGUGACAGUGGUGGUUGUGGUGCUGGUGGUGGUUGUGCUGGUAGUGGUGGUGGUGAUAGUGGUGCUGGUGGUGGUGGUAAAGUUGGUUGUGAUGAUAGUGGUGGUGGUGUUGGU